AUGACGAGAACUCAACAUUACGCGCACCCGACCAAGUCAUUCCCUGUCUACUGUCUCGACUGGACGGACGAUGACACUGUUCUGCUAGGAGGAGGAGGAGGCGCGACCAAGUCUGGUAUCGCGAACAAAUUCAAACUUUGUCGAGUAGCCAACAAUGGACAGAACGUCGAGGACGUCUUUGAGCUCAACCUCAGCAGCGACGAGGACGCGCCCAUGACGCUGGCGCUGGAUCGCGGCCUCGUCACGGGAAUCAACCAGUCGGAGUCGUCGCUGAAGGCGGGGAAGAACGCGAACUGUCGCGUGUUCUCAUACAAAGACAACGAGAUCUCACCCGUUCGAUCACAGCAGACGCUGGAUGCACCGUACUCGGACGACUACCCCUACCAGAAAAUCACUGCCCUGUCCUCCAAGUCUGGAUCGUCAGAAUUUGUCGCCGUCGGAACGACGGACAAUAAGGUGUCCAUCUUGCGGUUCCCCUCCCUCAGCCCGAUCACCGUGAUCAACCCUGAGGGCGGCGAUCUUGUCGAUCUCGAUUGGGGAGGCCCCAGCGGCACUUGGUUCGAGGCUGGGGAGAAGGAUCUUGUGCCGAGAUUGGAGAUCUCGCAGACGAUCGACGCCCCGGUGAUCGACGACACGAAGGUCGAGUUCCGCGCCGCCCGCUUCUUCACCCCGAGCUCGACACCGGCAUCGAACGAUAACAACCUCUCCAUCCUCGCUGUCCUUAACUCUGUGCUGCCGAAACGCGGACAAAAGAAGGGACAGCGCAAGGCGUACAUCGCGCGGUACGAGGCGAGCGAGCUUCCGGGCCAGGACGGAGACGAGAAGGACACGCCGAAGUACAAGUGGGACCUGACGCUGAAGCGGGAUGUCGCUGGCAAGCCCAUCACCGUGUUGGAUGUUAGCAAGAACGGACUGGUCGCGUUCGGAGCUUCCGACCUCUCGAUCGGGCUGCUUGACGCCAAAACCCUUUCUAUCUUGCAGGUGCACUCGUUCCCGCCGACAGCACUCAAGUUCAACCCGUCCGCAACGAUGAUUGUCUCCGCAAGCGCGGACAACACGAUCCGAACGAUCGUCGUCCCGUCAAGCUUCGGCGGUGUUUCGUUCAGCGUAAUCGCUUUCAUCAUUGCGGUCAUUCUCGUUCUCGUUGCCAUUCUGCUCCAGCACGGCAACAAGGUGUAG